UCUAAAUGUGAGCAAGUGUGUUUGUGAGACAACACACAUACUGGCUAUCCUAGCACAACCUUUCUCUCUUGUGUGGAUAUGAUAUGAAACCAACAAAAUGUGUUUGAUAUAUAUUUUUGGAGCACUGGUCAUCACAGGUGGAGUCUUUAGCCAAGACACAACAACUUUACCAGCAAAACAAAAUUCUGUUCGAGACCUGUUUGUAGCAGUGGGUUCAUCUGUACAGAUACCAUGCAUUGACGGAGAGAAAAAAGGGGUGGAGUGGAGACUUAACAACGCAGUGCUUUUCUUGAGCUCUGUUCUUUCCAUAAAUAACAUCAGCCUGCAGGACCAAGGCAUCUACACCUGCCACCAACCGAAUGGGGACCUGAUACAAAGAGUCUCUCUACACCUGGGCUAUCCCCCUUCGCCUCCGGAUGUGUAUUGUUGGUCUCCAAGUUACCCUAAAAGGGCAGUAUGCUCCUGGACACUGACUCCAGACCCUAUAAUUCCAACACAUUACAUUGCUACAUACAGGAGCUACUCAGACCCAUUCUCGAGUGCCCAUCAAUGCCAUAAAUGGGGAGAGCAAGACAGGCAAUGUGUGCUAGAAGACCUAAAGAUAUUUGAAAGUGAACCAACGCUUUUCAACAUCACAGCUAUUAAUGCUUUGGGUAGCGCAACACGCAUAUGGCCAUUUGUUUUUGAGGAAAUAGUUAAACCAGAUCCUCCAGAGAAUGUGGUUGUGAUGGUAAUAUCAGGGAAGAAGUUAUCUGUGCAGUGGGAUCCACCAACCAGCUGGCCGGAUCCUGUCAACUUCCCCCUUAAAUACACAGUGAAAUUUCACUGGGGCAAACCUGACACAGCUAGAACUCUGGGCCCUUAUGAGUCUAAAAAAAUGAUUCUCAGUGGACUAGUGGCUGGAAGGACAUAUCACAUCCAAGUAUCUGUUAAGGACUUCCUGGACAGUGGACAGAACAGUGACUGGAGUUCAACAUUAAGUGCCACUAUACCUAUUAACUGAUAUGAUGAUUAAUGACAUUAUACAACAUUAACCAGACUAAAUUUUAAGUCAAAUAUAGACAGUAUUGAAGUUCAAAGUUUAUUUUAAAAGCAAAUAAAUAAAUAACAUAACAUACCUCCAUCCCAUACACAAUCAUAUGACAUUUUGAAAGCUUACUGAUUUGUAUAUCAUUGAUAAAUUAAUUGGUUUGUGAAAUAAUAAAAUACAGUUAAAGAAAAUGUUUUCUUGCCAGUUCUGUAGUAGCUGUUAUUGGACAUAACCAUACAGUUUCACAAUGCAAACUACAAUUGUCAAUCACAUGUUAAAAACAAGACUCAAAAGAUCAAUAUUUUGUUAAGUAUAGGGAUAUACAUGUAAUGUAUAAAAUAAAAUAAAAUACAAAAA